AUUCUGAACUUGCCAGUUCGGUUAACCGACGCUAGGUGGCAGGAUGUCGUUGAUAACUGUGCGCGUGUUACGUUGCCAAGGUUUAAAUAAAUUGGUCGCACCGCUCAGAUUAGCAGCGACCGGUACUUUCAGUGGAUCGCGGUCGUGUCCGGUGUUCAGGAAAUUCGUUCGAAGCAUGUCGUACACAACGGUCGAGAGGGGUGCUUUGAACAGCUCCGAUUACAGGGUUUACUUUAAAAAUAAUGCUGGUCCGAUUUCACCCAUGCAUGACAUUCCAUUGUAUGCAGACGAGGCGAAUAAAAUAGUUAAUAUGAUAGUUGAAAUACCAAGAUGGACAAAUGCAAAGAUGGAGAUUAAUUUGAAGGAGACAUUGAACCCUAUUAAGCAGGACAUUAAAAAGGGAAAAUUAAGAUAUGUUGCCAACUGUUUUCCACAUCAUGGAUACAUUUGGAACUAUGGUGCCUUGCCACAGACAUGGGAAAAUCCAGAGGUGUUGGAUGAAGCUACUGGUUACAAAGGGGAUAAUGAUCCUAUUGAUGUCCUUGAAAUAGGAUACAGGGUUGCCAAAAGGGGUGAAGUUUUGAAAGUAAAAGUUCUUGGUGCUGUUGCACUCAUUGAUGAAGGUGAAACCGACUGGAAAAUCAUAGUUAUCGACGUUAACGAUCCAUUAGCUGAACAGAUGAAUGAUGUAGCGGAUAUUGAAAAACAUUACCCCGGACUGAUGAAAGCGACUAUUGAAUGGUUUAAAAUUUAUAAAAUACCAGAUGGAAAGCCGGAGAAUCAGUUUGCAUUUAACGGCGAGGCAAAGCCAAAAGACUUUGCGUUACAUAUAGUGGAGGAAGUGCAUCAGCACUGGCAGAAUCUUAUUAAACGUGAAGCACCUGCGGGUGGCAUUGCAUGCACGAACUUAACAGUCGCCGGUAGCCCCUUCAAAAUCAACGCAGAAGCCGCCGAGGAAAUAUUAGAGAAAGCUCCGGAACCGUUAGAGCCACAAGCCACGGAUCCAAUUGUUGAUAAAUGGCAUUACGUACAUCUGAAAUGAGAAUAGGAGAAGAUAUUUUCUCAUCGAUAGAUGUCCGCGCAUUCUUGCUUGUUUUGCUGGCACGUAACGGAAUACCAUAUACCGUGUACCAUUCCCACGAGGUGCUUCGUUUUAAGGUUUUUGAUACAUCCACUGUUAGCUCUAGAUGAUGAUAUUUAAAUGCCGCAACCGUAAUGCUUCUAGCACCGAAGCAAACGAUAUUUAUCUAUCUUGCACGCGGCGAAACAUGACAGUUCAGUUGUACGGUUAGUUUAGUAUUUAUUUUAAUAUAGUAGUCUGUGAACAUCGAAUUAGACUACCUGUACAAAGCUCAUGUACACUAUUAUUUAACGAUUUAUAGAAUCUUUACGGAGGACGGGGGUGUUAGAAUAAAUAUAUUCUUGUCAUAGGUUGUAAUAAUACUCUUGCGGAAGCAUCAAAGAGAUGGGUAGUACGAGCAAAUGAAUCCUUACAUUUUUUUUCCCUCAGUAUUUGUUAUGCUG